AUGUCGACCACGCCCACCCCCGCCGAAGACCAGGGCCGGCUUCUCGAAGAGGCCUUGGGAGUGGUACGACAACAGUCGCAUAUGAUGCGAAAGUGCCUCGAAACACCUGGCAAGCUCAUGGAUGCUCUGAAAUGCGCAUCUACGUUUGUUUCGGAGUUGCGAACCUCGAGUCUAGGACCGAAACAAUACUACGAAUUAUACAUGGCGGUCUUUGAUGCAUUGCGACAUCUCUCCGUCUAUCUGCGCGAAAGCCACCCGGUGAACCACCUCGCAGACCUGUACGAACUCGUCCAAUAUGCCGGCAACAUAAUUCCUCGUCUGUAUCUCAUGAUCACCGUGGGAACAGUCUAUAUGUCAAUUGAAGAUGCCCCCGUCAAGGAGAUCAUGAAGGACAUGAUGGAAAUGAGUCGAGGUGUCCAGCAUCCCGUCCGCGGAUUGUUUCUGAGGUAUUACCUGUCCGGUCAGGCGAGGGAUCAUCUUCCCGAAGGUACAGGUGAUGGUCCACAGGGGAAUAUACAGGACUCGAUCAGUUUUGUCUUGACCAAUUUUGUUGAAAUGAACAAGCUUUGGGUUCGGUUACAGCACCAAGGUCAUUCUCGGGAGCGCGAGAAGAGAACGCAAGAACGAAAAGAAUUGGAGCUGCUUGUCGGAAGCAAUAUUGUCAGAUUGAGUCAAUUGGUGGAUCUCGAUACGUACAAAAACACCAUUCUACCGCCUUUGUUGGAGCAGGUUGUUCAAUGUCGGGAUGUUCUGGCGCAGGAGUAUUUACUCGAAGUUAUCACAAAGGUCUUCCCAGACGAAUAUCAUCUACACACGUUGGACCUACUACUCUCUAGUAUCGCGCGACUGAACCCUUACGUUGAUAUGAAGAAGAUAGUCAUCGGUCUUAUGGACCGACUCUCUUCAUACGCUAUCAAGGACACAGAACAAACAGACGACCCGGCGAAGAAGAAAGAAAAUGAAGAGGAGGCAGUCGCAAGAUUGCUGGAGAACUUCAAAUUGUCUGAGGAGAAAAAGACUGAGAAGGCCAGUGCUGAACAGACUCAGGAAAAUGGAGCUGCACCUGAAGAAGCGGCUGCAGCGGAAAGUAGCACCAAACCGUCUGAACAGCAAGACACGAAUGGAGUUAAGGCUCCGGCGGAGACCAAGCUGUAUGAAACUUUCUAUGAGCAAGUUGUGAACCUCAUUAAGUCGAGAGGUUUGCCCAUUCAAGACACAAUUGCUCUACUCGUGUCUUUGAUCAACCUUGCUUUGAACAUCUACCCCGAACGACUUGAAUACGUUGAUCAGGUACUGGAUUAUGCAACUCAGAAAGUCGCAGAGCAUGCGGAUCAAGCUGAUUUACACUCUGCGCCAGCGCAGCAAAAUUUGUUGAAUUUACUGCUUGCUCCAAUCCGACUCUACGUUUCAAUCUUCACAGGCCUUGCAUUGCCACAUUACAUCCCACUUUUGGCCUCUCAAUCCUAUCCUACACGAAGGGCAGUUGCCACUGAAGUUAUCAAGAUUAUUCUCACAAACAAGACUGCUAUAAUCAGCUCGGAGAACUUGGACAGAAUUCUUCAAGUUCUCAAAGUUCUGAUCAAAGAGGGAGCGCCUCAUCCAGCAGGAUAUCCUGGUGUACAUCCUCAGCGACGGGGAGAAACGGAUGAGACGAUCGAGGAACAAGGAUGGUUGGCAAGACUGGUGCAUCUUAUCAAAGGACCGGACAAUGAUACACAACUCAAGCUUCUGCAAGCCGUUAGGACUGCUUAUGCGGAAGGUAACGAACGGGUUAGAUAUACGACUCCGGCGAUUGUGACAGUCUCGUUACGCUUGGCCCGACAACUUAAAUCUCGAGAGCAUUACGACGACAACUGGCAGUCUCAAUCAUCAACGUUACACCGAUUUAUGCAUCAGUGUAUCAGUAACCUCUAUCAGCGAGUCAAUAGUCCUGGAUGCGCCGACUUGUCCCUGCGCUUGUUUAUCAUGUGUGGUGAAGUUGCUGAUCAGACCGGCUUCGAGGAAGUGAGCUAUGAGUUCUUUGCACAGGCUUUCACUAUCUAUGAGGACGCUAUUAGCGAUUCGCGAGCGCAAUUCCAAGCUGUCUGUAUCAUUGCCAGUGCUCUUCACAACUCCAGGGGUUUCUCGAAGGAGAAUUACGAUACUCUUAUCACCAAGGUGGCCUUGCAUGGAAGCAAGUUGCUGAAAAAGCCAGACCAAUGCCGAGCUGUCUACUUGGCAAGUCAUUUAUGGUGGGUGGUGGAGAAUUCGCAACGAGAAGAAGAUCCAAAAUCUCUAUAUCGCGAUGGGAAACGUGUCCUCGAAUGUCUCCAACGUGCUCUUCGCGUGGCUGAUGCAUGCAUGGAUACUGCAGUCUCGGUGGAACUUUUCGUGGAAAUCCUCAAUCGAUACGUCUACUACUUUGAUCAACAAAACGAAACAGUGACGACGAAGUACUUGAACGGGUUGAUUGAGCUAAUACACUCCAAUCUACAAAGUAAUGAUGGGGAAGCGAGUCCAAGCCUCGAAAACCCCAAGCGUCAUUUCCAGCGUACGCUUGAGUAUAUUCGAUCGCGGGAUUAUGAGGGGGUUGUGACGGAGGCGAGGCAGUAG